AUAUGUAUAUGUAUGUACGUAUGUAUCACUAUACAUGGAGAUGAAGGAGGUACGGCACGUUUUGACAGCUCUGAGGACUCCCGCAAAGUGUUCGACCUUGAGCAGUGGCGUCGCGGCGAGUGUCGCAACGGCAACGGCAACGGCAACGGCAACCGCAACGUGGUACGACGUUCCGACACCGUUUAUCGUGCAUUGCCGCGAGUUCCAAGACGAGGACCAAGACGAGGAAGCGACGGGACUCGACGUUGCCGUCAUCAGGAACGACCAAGCGAGAAACUCGCGUAAAAAGUCCUCCGAAGAAGAAGACGAGAUGGAAAUAAGCAGAUUUGCCGAGGAAAAUACGAUGGCCAAGCCCUUGGAGAGAGAGAGAAAAGUCUGGUCGUCGAAGGACGCGAAUCUCGGCGUGGUCGUGUGUUCGGCAUCUGGAGGACUCUUGCUGGAGGAUUCCUCCGACAGUGGCAUCGGCACAGAUAAGGCGUCGUCGCCGCCGUCGCAUUGGGACCACGCGGAGACCGUCGCGAAUAGAUUGAAUCAAAUUCGUGCGAACCUCGAACCUCGCGGACUCGAGGAAGAAGACUCGAACGAAAUAAGAUUUGAAUCGAGAGUUGCGGGAAAGAGAUGCAGCACUACGAUGGAACUGAACGCCACCACGACGGUCGAGAGGGAUGCCGAUGGGGUUCCAACCAUCAGUUUUAGUUUUCUGCAGAGAGACUGCAACUUUCGGGACGAGAACGGCGACGAGAUCGUUAUUUUGGAGGUCGACACGAGCGAUCAAGUUGACUCGUCGUCGGCAGCCGUCGAUCAGCUGUACGAUCUUCCUAAAAGUGCAAUCCUGGAAAGUAAACCAGCUCCAACUUUCUUAGAACGUAGAUCCAGUUGUGAUAAGGAAAUGAAUUCGGGCGAGUCGUUAGCGACGCAAGCAGUUGGCCAGGACCUUUACGACGUGCCGAGAGCAACGCGCAAAGAUGCCAAUAUGCCAAGCUGCAAUUUCGAGCUGGAAAACUGCAAGAACAUAAUGAUUGUUUCGCCCGAGAAGAAGCGAACGAUCAACAACGCGAAUCAACAACGCGAUCGGAUGAAACGUUCCACCAGAUCGCUGAAAUCUGGUAGAAGAAGUUACGGUGCGUCGGACAGCGACGGUUACGACGCCGGCAUUGCGUCGAUGUCGGGUUCGUACUCGGAUCCAGAGUACUCGAACGUUGAAGAAGCGGCGUUGUCAGAGAGCGGCGGCGGCGGCGGCGGCGGCGGCGGCGGCGGCGGCGGCGGCUCCACCACAACGGACCGCAGCAGGCCAUUGAGGCUGCAAAAGCGACGACUGGGCAAAGCUUGGGGCAGGAUGCGUAGUUGGUUGCGAGAGGAAAGGACCAAGAUCGGCCAAGUGGUCAACAGGCACGCCAAGUUACAAGCGGUUGGCGCACUCUCUGCUCCCGAGGUACGAAGCGAUCGUGCCUAUUCCGCGCGAACGUCCAAGAGCAAGCAGCGUGGCUUCUACGAUCUGACGCGAGCACAUACUCGGCAAUCUGGUUCGAUCACGAGAGUGGAGGAAUUUGGUCUGACGUCGGUAUCGGAGGAGGCAAAUAUUUCCGACGACGCGGACAGGCCAAUGUCAGCAUCGCCCGAUGACGCUUCGACGCUGGGAAAGACGUCUGACGGCGACGACGACGGCGACGGCGACGGCAACGGCGGUGGAAAAAGAUUGCGCGGCAAUCUACGAAGAAAGACGCCCAGCUCGGACGACAUUUUAGAGAAGAAUGGGAACGGGACGAGAUUACAGCUGCAAGGGCAGUCUUUCAGCAUGGAUAAGCUGUGCUCGCGCGUGACGGAGAGUGACGAGACCAAGGUGCACGAGACGACGGUAGGAACGGUAGCGACCGGUAGCGACAACGGCGGCGACGCCGAACCGUCCGCGUCGCCGUCGACCCCCACGUCGAGAGAUCACGGUAGGAAAAGUGGUUUGAUUAAGAGGAGAAUGCUCGGGUCAAUCAGAGGGUUAAUGGCCUCGACUCAUCUGUUGCAGACCUACGAGUCCGACGAGGCAGGACAAGGUGGUUUCGAAGAUGUGCGACGAUACGUCAAACAAGGAGGCGAUUUUUGUAAAGAAUUGGCAUCGAUUCUUCACGAAAGAGCCGAAUUAGAAGCUACAUAUGCGAAAGGACUCAGCAAACUCAGUAGCAAGCUGACCAAGGCCUGCGCCAAGGAUCAAGGUGGUAAUAGCAACGGAGGUGUGAACGAGGCAUGGAGGUGCGUUGGCGAGGAGAUGGAGGCUGCGGCGGAAGCCCACCGGCUAUGGGGCAUCGCGUUGAGCGAACAACUCGCCAAACCGCUCAGAGUGGGCGUAGCGGAGACGCAAGGCCGAUCGAGGAAGAGCAUCGAAAACUCGGUAGACAAGGCGUCCAAGUCGCUUCAAGAAUGGCGUGGAAUAGCGGCCAAGAGUAAAAAGCAGAGCUUUACGUGCGCACGCGAGAACGAGAGGCUGCAGGAUCUGGCGCGGCUGCAAACCAUUAGUCAAAGUCAUCAUCAGCAAAGCAACUCGUCGACGACGCUGACGACGACGAGUCAUCAUCAUCAUCAUCAUCAUCAUCAUCAUCAUCACGUCAUGACGGAGAAGGAAGCGAGCAAACUGGAGACUAGACGGAGGAAGGCCGAGGACUCGUCGCGCCGAGCGGACACCGAAUUCUACACGGUCAGCGUGAGAGCCGAGAGGGCCAGGCUCGAGUACGAGAACACGAUGAGAAAGGGUGCGAAACAGAUGCAACUGCUCGAGGAGGAGCGUCUGAGCGCCCUCAAGGAUCUCGCCAACGUCUACCUGACGCAUUUGCAGACGCUCGCGCCGCGACUGCAGCAAAAUACCGAUCGCUUGUUAACGCCCGUGCGCAGCUGCAACGUGUCGCAGGAUCUAGAAAUUUUGAAAAAUCUCGUACGCCGAAUGGACGAUCACGAUGUGACGAACGCGGAACAGUUGUUGCCGGAUUUCUACGCCGAGCACGUUACUCUGGCGAUGAAUCGCGAACGGCGAAAGCAGGCGUUGGUCAGGGUGCUGCAUCUGAUAAGGCAAGAUCUCGAGAGAGAGAGACGAGGUAGAGAAGGACUGGAAACGUUACAUCGAGCCUUCGUCGCGACUCCGGCGUUUGCGGCGGACGAGAGUACGCAGAACGUCACGGACAAGCUGCAUCAUAUGCGUUCGAUGUUGCUGUACUUGGAAGCGGCUAGAUACAAAGUCGGCCGUACGCUCGCUGAAGUAGAGGGUAGCAAACGAACCGAACAUCCCUUGUCGGAGCAUAUCUUGGUUUCGAGAGACAAACAGGGUUUGCAGCAAAGUGUUCUCAAGAUUCCUUCUUGGGCAAAGAACGAAUCUUUUGAGAUUCAAGACAACGAUGACGAACUCGAGAUGCGACUGAGCAAGGAUCAAGACGCCGAGACUCGCGAUUGGGCCGAUCGAACCGCUGGUGACGGCAAUUCAGAGAAUCCACCAGACGAGGACGAUUUCAGCGAUUUCGACGAGUUUAGCAGUCACUCGGAAGACAACAAUAAUCAGAUUGAUAGUACGGAAGUAGCGACGGCCAAGACUGAACGCGCAGAGCAGUGCCGAGCGAUCUAUCAAUACUCGGCGAAUCUGAACGACGAGCUCAGUCUUAGUCCGGGAGACCUGAUAACCGUCCAUCAAAAGCAGUCGGACGGCUGGUGGAUAGGCGAGUGUAGAGGCCGUACUGGUAUAUUUCCCGCCACUUACGUCCAAGUCAUUCAUUAAUAACGCGUAUUAUUGUAUAUUAUCAAUGUGCACGUGCGAUAGAGAGUACAAGUAUCGAUCUUCUUAAAAGAGCUUCCAUCUGACUUGGUUAAAUAAGAUAAGAGUUUUAUUAUGUGCCAAUAACGUUAAUGCAUGUAACGACGUACUUUAUACGCACAAAUCCAAGUUCUUUCGACCGCCAGCUCGCAUAAAAAUGACUUGGGGAAUUUAAUACCAAAUAGUAGUUACCACCAUAUUCAUGAUCCACGUUUAGUGCCGAUAAAACAUUUCUGGCGGAAAUAUGUUAAUAUAUCACGUUGUUACUAUUUACGCUAUACGUCGUUCUUACAAUUAAUAUUAUAUACUUGUUUACGUGUAUAGUCGUGAGCUAAAAGGUUGCAACACAUUUUUUUUUAUGGUAGAUGAUUUGAUGCUUAAUUGGUCUGAUCCACAGGUAAGAACCAAUGACGUUCGCCGUUUGAUGAGCAAGUCUACAUUUUAAAAACAAUCGAAGAAAAUGUGUUGCAACCUUUUAGCUCACGACUAUACCGUUCUGAUAAAGAUCGAUCCGAGUAACAACUUUGAGUAUUUUUAUUAAUUCUGACAAUGCAUUUUAACUCAUCGUGCGUUAGUUAUUCUUGUCAGGAUAUGCAGUACAGUAUGUUUGAAAGUUUAAUUUUACUGAAAAUUCACGUUACUUCCCUAGCAUAAUCAUGUUGAUAUAAAUCAAUUGGUGUACUUUCUUUUAUUUUCUAUCGUGUAAUGAUUGUGAUUGUUUAUGUGCACUUAAUUUUAUUCUUUAAAGCUCUAACCGUUAUAUUUCUGUCUUUGAAACACUAUUUUUCAAACAUGCUGUAUAUAUAUAUAUAUACACACACAUCGUAUAUUUCAUUUUUAAAGCCAAAAUUAUCACACAUAUAUAAUGAUUUUUUUCUUCAUUUUUAUUAAAAAUUUAUGAAAAUAACAAGUAUAGCAAAAUCUCAAAAUAACUGUUAAACAGUUUGCGCGAAAGAAUAAAACACGCAAACAAAUGUAAAAAAUUGUGUGCGUGUGUGUGUGUGUUUGCACACCACGCACACACACCCACAUAUAUAUAUAUAUAUAUAUAUAUAUAUAUAUAUAUAUAAAAUUUGUAUUAUGCAAACAAUCAACUGUAAAUAUCCAGACAUAAAAAAAUAUUUAAGUAUGC